AUGUCCAGCCCUGAAGAGACGCAAAUCAUCGAAGAGCAACGCCGUCUCUCUCAAAAUGGGGUCCUGAACGCCGGGUUCAUCCACCUCCAGCCAACGGACGCUCCGUCGACGCUGCAACAAACGCUGCAGCUUUUGCAACAGCAAUUGGCACAGCAACAGCAACUACUAUCGCAGCUCGUGCAACAGCAUCAACAGCAGCCGCAGCCACCGAACCCUGAUCAGCAACUAGUUCCGAAACCGAGCAAUCCGGAGCUAAUACUGGAAGCCCUUGCGGGCAAUAUAAGUGAAUUCCGUUACGAUCCAGAAGCAGGAUUGACCUUCGAAUCGUGGUACGCACGGUACAUUGACCUGUUCCAGGAGGAUGCAUCACGUUUAGACGACGCCGCCAAGGUUCGGCUCCUGGGACGCAAACUGGGAACCGCCGAACACGCCCGGUUUAGUAACUUCAUUUUGCCUCGUGUACCGCGUGAUUUCAGUUUUAGCGAAAUGGUGGAAAAGUUAACUGUCCUUUUCGGCAAAAUGGAAUCCGUGUUAAGUAAGCGCUUCAAAUGCUUUAAUAUUUCAAAAACGCGCACCGAGGACCUGCUAGCAUUUACAUGCCGUGUUAACAAAGCGUGCGUCGAAGCGGAAUUUUCUUCGAUGACGGAGGAAGAUUUCAAAUGUCUCAUCCUUGUAUGUGGGUUGAAGGACGAAAGCGUACGGGACAUACGAAUGAAAUUGCUAGCCGCCAUCGAAGACAAGAAAUACGCCACCCUAGAGCAGCUAGCAGUGGAAUGUCAACGGUUAGUGCGUGUGAAAGCUGAUAGUGCCAUGAUCGCCACGGAUACCAGUGAACGAGUGCAUGCAAUGCACGCCAGAAGCAGCCGCCAGUGGCACCGGAACAACAACGGCAACGAGCGCCAUACCAAGUCAGCCCCCCGAAGUGAAGCCUCCAAACCACAUACUCCGUGCUGGCUUUGUGGUGCCCUGCAUUGGACCCGUGACUGCACUUAUAAAACCAACAAGUGUCGAGAUUGUGGACGUAUGGGUCAUCGAGAGGGUUUCUGCAACUCGUCUCAGCGACGCAAAGGACGACCGCGGUUCGAUCAUCGUCGUGCAGUAGCAUCUCGAGUAGUACGAGUCAACGUGUGUAGCAUACAACAGAAGCGGAAGUUUGUCAACAUUUUUAUCGAAGGGAAGCCGGCUCGACUACAACUUGACACCGGGUCAGACAUCACUGUGAUCAGCCAGCGGUUAUGGAAGCAGCUGAGUAAGCCUCAUCUUAACCCACCGAAGGUAAGAGCGAAAGCAGCUUCCGGCGAAGUUUUCGGCCGUGUAGGUGAGUUUGAAGCCAACGUGCGUAUGCAUAAUAUCACCAAGCAGACGACAAUUCGCGUUUCAAAGGCGGAUCUGUCAUUAUUCGGGGCAGACUCCAUACAUCUUUUCGGCUUGGGGACGAUCCCAAUGGAUAACUUUUGUAACCACAUAGGAACAGCGGAAACAUGUUCCUGGGAAGAGAAAUUUCCAACGGUUUUUAGCGGAACGGGCCUGUGCACCAAGGCACAAAUACAUCUACAGCUGCGACAGGAAAGCAGACCAGUUUUUCGACCGAAACGUCCGGUCGCAUACGCCAUGGAAGAUGCUGUCAACAACGAAUUAGAUCGACUUGAAAAGCUGGGGAUCAUUACUCCCUGCGACUAUUCGGAUUGGGCAGCACCAGUCGUAGUAGUGCGCAAAGCGAACGGCAAAAUACGACUAUGCGGAGACUAUAGCACCGGACUCAACGCAGCAUUACAUCCACAUGAGUAUCCGCUCCCGUUACCGCAAGACAUUUUUUCGAAACUAGCCCGUUGCGUCACAUUUACACAAAUUGAUCUGUCCGAUGCAUUUUUGCAGGUGGAAAUAGAAGAAAAGAGCCGACCCCUGCUUACCAUCAACACGCAUCGAGGCCUUUACUAUUAUAACAGGCUACCUCCAGGUAUCAAAGUAGCCCCUGGUUCUUUUCAACAGAUCAUGGAUAAAAUGCUCGCCGGUGUAAAUGGAGUCUCCGCCUACAUGGAUGAUGUGAUUGUCGGCGGAAAGACGCAGGAAGAGCACGAUGCCGCCCUAAAAGAAACCCUGCAGCGAAUAAAGGACUAUGGGUUUACCAUCCGCAAAGAAAAGUGCUCAUUCAACAAGCCGGAGAUUCGAUACCUAGGGCAUAUCAUCGACAGCCGAGGCCUACGACCCGACCCUGCCAAGAUCGACGCCAUCAAGAAGUUACCUUCUCCAACAGAUGUCACAGGCGUUCGAUCGUUCAUCGGUGCUAUAAACUUUUAUGCGAAGUUCAUUCCUAACAUGCGUAAAUUACGCUACCCGCUGGAUAAGUUGCUACUAACCGGAAGUGCGUUCCAGUGGACUACCGAAUGCCAAAAAGUCUUCGAACAAUUUAAAGCCCUAUUAUCCACGGAACUGUUACUCACGCAUUACGACCCAAAGCGCGACAUAGUUGUGUCUGCCGAUGCAUCUUCGGUUGGUUUAGGAGCAACGCUAUGCCACAAGUAUCCGGACGGAUCUAUGAAAGUGGUUCAGCACGCAUCCAGAGCGCUCAGCAAAGCAGAAUUUGGUUACAGCCAAAUCGAUAGGGAAGGGCUAGCAAUAAUUUUUGCUGUAACAAAAUUUCACCGCAUGAUUUACGGUCGUCAUUUCACGCUGCAGACUGACCACCGACCACUAGUCCGCAUAUUCGGCAGUAAGAAGGGUAUUCCUACAUACACAGCAAAUCGGCUGCAAAGGUUUGCGCUAACCCUUCAGCUGUACGACAUGGACAUUGAGUACGUACCAACUGGCUCAUUCGGAAAUGCCGAUGUAUUAUCUCGUCUGAUACAACACCACGCGAAACCUGAAGCCGAAUACGUGAUCGCCAGCUUGGAGCUAGAGGAGGAUUUAAGGUCAGUUACUGUUAACGCGCUGAGCUCAUUUCCAAUUUGUUUCAGAGACGUUGAAACAGCUACGCAGGCUGACCCCUUGCUCCGGAAGGUCCAUAAGUACGUGCAAAACGGAUGGCCUCAUGACGGUACCUUCGGAGCAGAUUUGGCACGGUACCACAAUAGGAAGGAAUCUCUCUCAACCGUUGAGGGUUGCAUACUUUUCGGGGAGAGAGUGGUCAUCCCGGAGAAGCUGCGUUCCCGUUGUUUGCUCCAGCUGCACAAGGGACAUCCGGGAAUGCAGAGAAUGAAGGCAAUCGCGCGUAGCUACUUGUACUGGCCGAUGAUCGACGACGACAUUGUACACUACGUGGCCUCUUGUGGAUCCUGUUCGGCAGCCGCAAAAGCACCCCCUCGAGCUACGCCAGCGGCAUGGCCAACACCUACGGGCGUCUGGCGUAGAGUUCACAUCGACUACGCUGGGCCAUUUGAAGGGUUUUAUUUUUUAGUCGUGGUUGACGCUUUUUCCAAGUGGCCGGAAGUCUACAAAUCAUCAGGUACAACCACUUCUGCCACCAUCGCCAUGCUGCGUAAUAUAUUUGCCCGCUUCGGUAUGCCGGAAACACUGGUUAGUGACAAUGGUCCCCAAUUUACAAGUAGCCUCUUUGCGGAAUUCUGCAACAGUUACGGGAUCGAGCACAUUACCACAGCACCAUUCCAUCCGCAAUCGAACGGACAGGCAGAGCGUUUCGUUGAUACGCUGAAACGAGCACUGCGGAAGAUCCAGAGUGAUGAAACAUCCCUUGAUGAGGCGCUGGAGCUUUUCCUAAUAUCGUACCGAUCGACUCCAAAUGCUCAGUUGAGCCAGCAGAAAACUCCAGCAGAGGAAAUGUUCGGUCGCCCCAUCAGGACAGCAUUGGAGCUGUUGCGGCCCCCUUCAUCACACUCACUAUCUUCUUCCUCAUCAAUUUUAGUUCGAAGCUUUCAGCCAGGCGAGCCAGUUUCAACAAAAUCCUUCCACGGUAACUCGUGGAAGUGGAUACCCGGAAGGAUCGUUCGCAGCCGCGGACGAGUUAUGUACGACGUGAUUGCACAAGAUGGACGUACACUCAGGCGCCAUGUAAACCAAAUUCGGCGACGUGUGGUUGACCGCGCAUGUGAAAGACAUCAGCUGCCGCUCGAUCUGUUGUUAGAGGAUUGGUCCUCGGGUUUCCCUCCAGAGCCAACCCAGCCGAUUCCGGAACCCAGCACAAGUGAACCAGCAGCACAUCCACCAUCAUUGCCCGAUCGUUCAUCGCCAACAGCGAGUGCCCGGAACGACAUUCCGGUGGCGAAAUCGGUACAUCCUUAUGUUAGUACUAACCGUCAUGAUGGUAGCACCACCCAGAGCCUGAUGGAUUUGCCACGCAGGUCUUCUCGUGUAAGAAGACUCCCGCGUCGGCUCGGAUCCUAUCAGCUCAAUUAG